AUGAAUAAAACACCAAUUUUACUUGGUUCUCUUAUCUCACGAAUUAGCCCAAAUCUUCUUCGAUAUGCUUCAUCAUCGAGCGCAUCAUCAACAGGCAGAAAAGUCGCUGUCUUGGGUGCCAGUGGAGGUAUUGGUCAACCGCUUUCAUUGUUGUUGAAAUUGUCACCAUUGAUCAGUGAUUUGUCACUCUAUGAUAUUCAACAUACGAAAGGUGUGGGUGCUGAUCUUAGCCAUAUCGAAACGCGUGCAAAAGUCAAGGCUUACGUUGGCAAAGAAGAAUUGAGCAAUGCUUUGAAAGGCAUGGAUCUUGUUGUUAUUCCUGCUGGUGUACCACGCAAACCCGGUAUGACACGUGAUGAUUUAUUCAACACUAAUGCAACUAUUGUUGCUGAUCUCGUCUCCGCUUGUGCUAAGAACUGCCCACGAGCUAUUAUUGCUAUCAUUGCUAAUCCAGUUAAUUCAACUGUGGUCAUUGCUGCUGAAAUCUUGAAAGCUAACAAUGUCUACGAUGAAAAGAAGGUUAUUGGUGUCACAACAUUAGAUGUUGUUCGUGCUGCAACAUUUGUUGCCGAAGCCAAAGGUCUUGAUCCAACAAAAGUCAAUGUCCCGGUAAUUGGUGGUCAUUCAGGAAAUACCAUCAUUCCAUUACUUUCUCAAGUUUCACCACCGGUGUCAUUUUCUCAACAAGAAUUAGAUAGUCUAUCAACUCGUAUUCAAAAUGCUGGAACAGAAGUUGUCGAGGCUAAAGCUGGUACUGGCAGUGCAACAUUAUCAAUGGCUCACGCUGGUGCUCGAUUCUCAUUUUCUGUUCUCGAAGCCUUGAGUGGUAAACAAGGUGUUGUUGAAUGUGGUUAUAUUGCAUCACACGAUGGCGAAUUCAGCCAUUUCGCUACUCCACUUCUCCUUGGUCGCAACGGUGUUGAGAAGAGUAUGGGCACGGGUAAAUUGAGUGAUUAUGAAAAGAAAUUGCUUGAAAAAGCUAAGAAAGAAUUAAACACAAAUAUUCAAAGCGGUUUGACAUUUGCCAAACAAUAUUUAACAAAAUCCAAAUAA